CCAAUGGAUGAUCAUCAACGAGGGCGCCGGACGAGAAAAGUCCCACUGUACCGAGGAAAUCUGAUCCUAGAGUGUCCUGUGCCUACGCGGUUGAUGGAAGCAAGCCCGCGGAAAGAAAAGGAAUUUCAACUCAUGCGUUACUCGGCUGUUACUUGCGAUGCCGACGAUUUCGCCGCCUCGCAUUAUACACUGCGACCGCAGCUGACGAACCGUCAGACCGAACUGUUGAUUGGUAUUACCAUGUACAAUGAGGAUGAAGUGCUGUUUUCUCGCACAAUGCACGGUGUGAUGAAAAAUAUUGCUCAUCUAUGUUCGCGAACGCGGUCGCAGGUAUGGGAUGCCGAAGGCUGGAAGAAGAUCGUGGUGUGCAUCGUUGCCGACGGACGGAAAAAAUGCCAUCCAAGGGUCUUGGAUGUCCUCACCACUAUGGGAGUGUAUCAAAGUGCUGUAGCCAAAAACAUCGUGGACGGUAAACCGGUGAAAGCACAUUUAUUCGAGUACACUACGCAGAUAUCGGUGGAUGCCAAGAUGAAUAUCAAGGGUGCAGCACGAGGUAUUGUGCCAGUUCAGAUCCUGUUUUGCCUCAAAGAGCAAAACCAGAAAAAGAUCAAUUCGCAUCGUUGGUUUUUCAAUGCUUUUGGUAAAGUACUUCAACCCAACAUUUGCGUGUUACUGGAUGUGGGCACACGGCCGGGAAAUACUUCCAUCUAUCAUCUGUGGAAAGUGUUUCAUACCCAUGCCAACGUGGGCGGCGCUUGCGGCGAGAUCUGUGUCAUGAAAGGCCAAGGAUGUGUCGAUUUACUGAACCCGCUGGUGGCGGCUCAGAAUUUUGAAUAUAAAAUGUCCAAUAUCUUGGAUAAACCGCUCGAAUCGGUUUUCGGUUACAUUUCCGUCUUGCCCGGAGCGUUCUCGGCUUACCGCUAUGUAGCGCUUCAAAACGAUCCUUACGGCAAUGGACCUCUGCAAAAAUACUUUAUGGGCGAAGGUGGAGAUGAUCAGAGCAAUUCAGAUAUCUUUACUGCCAACAUGUACCUUGCUGAAGAUCGAAUAUUAUGUUUCGAGCUGUUGGCAAAGAAGCAUGAAAAGUGGGUGUUGCGAUACGUACAAAAUGCGUAUGGGGAAACCGACUGUCCGGAUCAGUUGCCCGAAUUCAUUUCCCAGCGUCGACGUUGGCUGAAUGGCAGUUUCUUUGCCGCCGUGUACUCGUUGUGGCAUUUUUCCAGAAUAUGGAGUACCGAUCACACCGUCCGACGUAAAAUUCUGCUCUCUAUUGAGUUUGCGUUCAAUUUCGUCAACUUGAUCAAUAGCUGGUUAUGCAUGGCAAAUCUUUAUCUGACAUUUUAUUUCAUUGGCAAAACAUUUUCGGGACCAGGCAUGGACCCAUUUGGCAACGGCUGGGGUGGCCGCUUAUUUGAAAUGCUUAGAUACCUUUACAUAUUCCUAUUUAUCGUCUCGUUCAUCUGUUCCAUGGGCAACCGUCCUCAAGGGUCCAAGUGGAUGUUCUUGGCAUCCGUAUUAAUCUAUGCCUGUAUCAUGAGUUAUACCUUGUUCGCUGGAGCGUGGAUUUCCUACUGCAACGUGCGUGAUGGCAUGUUGUCCGAAGGAUGGACACCGGGCGAUCUGCUCGGCAACACGCGGUUGUUGAUGAGUCAGUCGGUGUUUCGCAGUGUGAUUAUCUCACUCGCAUCGACAUACGGUCUUUAUAUUGUCGCCAGUCUCAUCUAUCUGGAUCCAUGGCAUAUGCUGACCAGCUUUAUUCAGUAUUUGCUGUUACUGCCCACCUAUGUCAAUAUCUUUAAUGUGUAUGCGUUUUGCAAUACGCAUGAUGUCAGUUGGGGCACCAAGGGGUCAGAUUCCAUCAAUUUAGAUCUAGGCAUUGCCAGUAAAGCAGUGAUGACCGAGAAAGGAGUGAAAGCGGUUGAGGUAGAGCUUGACGACGAAGUGGAAGCUGUGAAUGAUCAAUAUGAAUCGGCCAUCAAUCGUCUUCACACCAAACGACCCAGUACAAGAGAGAGUCGACCACCGAAUACAAAACAAGAUGAUUAUUAUCGCAGUUUUCGAACGCGGCUGGUGCUUACAUGGAUUGGAUGCAAUGCACUACUUGUGGCGUUUAUCACAAGUGGCAGCUUUCAGACAUUGUUACCUGAAAGCAUGCAAACCAGGACCGGAGAUCAAUAUCGUAAUGAUGUAGGCAUGGCAUACACUGGAUUUAUCCUUUGGCUGGUUGCGGGAACAGCCGCUUUUCGCUUCGUCGGAAGUGUCACUUAUCGUAUCAUGACCCUUUUCCAUCUGUAACAGGAUGUCUCCCUCCCGGAUCUGCUUUCCUGC